AUGUCGACGUGGGGAGAGCAUUUCCGCGUCACUACCUAUGGUGAAUCGCACUGCCGCUCCGUCGGCUGCAUUGUCGACGGAUGCCCGCCCGGCAUGGAACUCACAGAGGAGGAUAUCCAGCCGCAGAUGACUCGCAGACGGCCAGGGCAGAGCGCGCUGACCACGCCGCGGAAUGAGAAGGAUCGUGUGGAAAUCCAGUCCGGAACCGAGUUCGGCGUUACCCUGGGGACCCCGAUCGGGAUGAUGGUUCGCAACGAGGAUCAAAGACCCAAGGACUACGGAAAUAGCACAAUGGACCUUUACCCCCGGCCAAGCCAUGCGGAUUUCACGUACCUGGAGAAAUACGGUGUCAAGGCUAGCAGUGGUGGUGGUCGGAGUAGUGCUCGCGAGACCAUUGGUCGUGUCGCUGCGGGCGCCAUCGCUGAAAAGUACCUGCGUCUCUCUCACGGAGUGGAAAUUGUUGCCUUUGUCUCCUCUGUCGGCAAUGAGUACCAGUUCCCUCCCACCGCUGAGCACCCGACUCCCGCCACCAACCCGGAAUUUCUGAGCCUCAUCGAGAAGAUCGACCGGACUACCGUCGACGCCUUCGCGCCGAUUCGCUGCCCGAACGAGGAGGCCGCCGCCCGCAUGACCAAGGUGAUCGAGACUUUCCGUGACAAGCAGGACAGCAUCGGAGGUACCGUCACCUGCGUCAUCCGCAAUGUGCCCGUCGGGCUGGGAGAGCCGUGUUUCGACAAGCUGGAGGCCAAGUUGGCCCAUGCCAUGCUCAGUAUCCCUGCUACCAAGGGCUUCGAGAUUGGGUCCGGUUUCGGAGGCUGCGAGAUCCCUGGAUCUACCCACAACGACCCCUUUGUCGUGUCCGAGGUCGAGACCAAGACGGCUGCGGGAACCACCACGACGCAGCGGCUCACCACCAAGACCAACAACUCCGGCGGUAUCCAGGGCGGCAUUUCCAACGGUGCCUCGAUCUACUUCCGCGUCGCUUUCAAGCCCCCUGCCACCAUCGGCCAGGCCCAGACGACUGCCACCUACGACUUCAACGAGGGCGUCCUGUCUGCCAAGGGCCGCCACGACCCGUGUGUCGUCCCUCGCGCCGUGCCUAUCGUCGAGGCCAUGGCUGCCCUGGUCGUCAUGGACUCUCUGAUGGCCCAGUAUGCCCGCGAGAGCGCAAAGAGCAUGCUGCCCCCUCUCCCCAAGACCAUCCCCACCCGUCCUACCAUGGCCCCCAAGGAAACUCCCUCUGCGUAAGUAGUUUUUUCUAGGUGGAGUGAUGUACUUGCUUCUUUUUUUUUCGUCUUUUUGUUUUUCGGCAUAGAUAUCAUACGACUCAGGCCGUGGCUGUUGCAAAAGCGAUGAAUAAGGGGUAAACAAAAAGGAAGAAAAAGUCCACAUAUCUUGAAUACUUUUGGCGCAAUUAGAUACCUGGACCGA